UAUGACUUACAUCAUAAUGGGUCUGAAGUACUGGUCAGGACAGUGACUUGGUGAGGAGACAGACUCUCAAAUGUUCUUGAAUGUACUAAUUUGAUUCUUUGUCAUUAUCAGCUGACUGUCUGGCUACAGAAUUGCAGGGAGAAAGUUACCGGAUUUGAAUCACUCUCCAAAGAGUUGAACCAUGAAACAGAAACCAACAAGGAGGUGUGGAAAGAACAUACUCCUCUAGGCUUGCAAAGAUGUCAGGAGAAACUUCAAAAUCACAUGAAUAUGAUCUACCAUCAGUGGGCUCUUUGGAGUCCAAUGUCCUGAACCCUGAGGGAGGAGAGGUGGCCUCUGAAUUAGAAUACGUCUCCUGGGAGUCCCCUUUCUGUGCUCCCUUCUUUGCUGAUUCCUGGUCAUCUCAGGAGGAUGGUUCUCAGCCGGAGUCAUUCGUGAUGGUCCCAGCCUCUCGUCAUAUAAUAGGAGAAGCUUCCUCUGCCUCCACAGGAUAUUUCUCUCGUGUCUCCUCCGACAGCGAGCUUGGCUCUUCUGAUGAGGAUGGAAUCAAACAAUCAUAUCAAGAUGUUUCUUGUCUUGAAUCCACUGAGAUGCCUCCAGUCCUGGAUUUGGAACAAGGAGAGACUUCGUCACCUUUCCCACAAGUCUCUCUUCCAGUUAAUUUGGUUAAUAGUAAUAAGUCAUUUAUGUCAUCAGUACCUACAAAAAAGAAAAGAGUCAUGGAAAUUUACUACAUGCAGGUUCAAAUGGAAAAGGAUGUGGCUCCCUUACAGGAUAUAGAGGAAGGACUGGAGCCCCCCGAAAAGAAGAUACAGAUGGAAGAAAUUACCUGUCCUGAAGAAACCCAUGAGACAUUCACCCCCUCUCAAGUGACCACAAAGGAGCUCCUGCCUGACAGAGAAUCCGGUUUGGAUAUCCAAGUCAGAGAUGGAAGGGAGAGGGCUGAAGGUCCAGCAGAACCUCAAGCUUUGGAGGAAUGUUCCAAAGCCAAGACACCUGAAGGGCUGGCAGACCUGGGCAGUGGCUUCCAGUGCGUGAGCUGCUACCGGAUCUUCCCCAGCUUAGAGGCCCUUCAGAAGCACGUGGAACAUGCAUCCAGUGAGGGCUUUAUCUGCCAUACUUUCCAUGUUGCCUUGGCUUACCUAAAGAGAAAGCGGAACAGAAAAGGGAAGAACAGGAGGAGGAAGAAUAUCAAGACGGCAACAUCUGAUCGCCACCAAGAAAAACACGUUGGCAUGGAGACAUACUCAUGCAAUAACACUGAUUCUCAGGCCUAAAAAGAGAGGAAAUGAAGGAGGCCAACCUCUACUGAGGAGGCUUCAUCUCUAAGCAGCCACAGUACCUGUCUUUGUUUAUGCAUCUUUGUUAGCACACCACCCAAAGAGCAGAGAACCCAUUCUAAUAUUAUCCACUGCUCUCUUGAGGAGAGGGGAGAGGAUGGCAGAUAUCACCAUACAGAAGAGCAAGAUGUCCUUAUGCAAACUAAAGACAAAUGAACAGCAGUAUAUCUUCUCCACCACUACAAGUGAGAAAAGGACGAAAGUGAAACUGCUAUGGACUAGAUCACAGAAGGGGUGAGAACUGGAGGGUGACACAAACCCGGUGGCCCGAAGAUUUCAAACGAUGAUGUCCAGCACAUUCCCAUGAUCUCAUGAGAGCCCAGCAGCCCCUGUGAACACCACAGCAUCAAGAAAGCAACAUCCUGAGUUUUGGAACAAGGUAAAGAAGACUGGAAGAGGGACAUAAAGAGACAAAUGGGGAAUGACCAAUACAUCUGUAAAUCGAAGCUUUUUAACCUGAAGAUCUCAAAGUUCCUUUCUGCUUAGUAGUUCUGCCUGACUCUUACCUGUAGCUCUUUGCCACACCUCAAAUAUAUUUGUGCAAUUUUA